AAUAGCCUUCUCAAACAGGAAGUGUGGCAGUUUACCUACGAACUGCAGGCGCGCGCCAUGGCCGCCUACGAGCAGGUGCAAAAGGGGCCCCUGAAGCUGAAGGGCGUCGCAGAGCUCGGCGUGACCAAGCGGAAAAAGAAAAAGAAGGAUAAGGAUAAGGCGAAACUUCUGGAAGCGAUGGGAACGAGCAAAAAGAACGAGGAGGAGAAACGGCGCGGCCUAGACAAGCGGACCCCGGCCCAGGCGGCCUUCGAGAAGAUGCAGGAGAAGCGGCAAAUGGAAAGGAUCCUGAAGAAAGCAUCCAAAACCCACAAGCAGAGAGUGGAGGACUUCAACAGACACCUGGAUACGCUGACGGAGCACUAUGACAUUCCCAAAGUCAGCUGGACCAAGUAGCCUCCUGGCCCGGGAGGUGGAGUGGCAUCAAGGGGAAGCAGAAGGCGAAGUUGGGGUUAUGU